AGCUGGCUGAGAGACACCGACACGGCCCGGCCCGGCCCCGGCGCCUCACCUGCCUGGGGAGGCGGGCAGCGGGGCGCGGCACCGGGAGCCAUGGCGGCCGCUGAGCCGCCGGGCGCGGGGGACCUCCCGCAGCUGGCGGAAAGUCUGCUGUGUCAGCUGCAGGAGAAUUUUCAAGCUCUGACUGAAAAGAUAACGCUGAGAAUGGAAGAAAUGGGCGAGCGCAUUGAUGACCUCGAGAAGCAUGUUGCUGACCUAAUGACAGAGGCUGGGAUAGAGAAUACCGAUGAAGAGUCAAGAGUAAAGAAACUUUACUUUUCCUCACUGAAAUGAGGAUGCGAUCAAGAAAGAUAAAGGGAGAACAGCACUGCACUGAACCUGGGAAUGUGUCAUUGCUUGCAAUCAAUCACAAAAAGUAUCAGUGAAAACUGCACUUGCACCAUGCCAUGACAGAAGCUGGGUUUAUUCAUCCGAACCGUACUUCCUGUAAUGGGGAAUGAACCACUAGUUUCAGGGGAGGCAAAAGCAAUAUUAUGGAUAGAAAACUAUCCUAUACAGCAAGCUUACCAGUCACAAACCUUUUCAAUGUAGAAAGUGUAUUUCAUUUAAUAUUAAUAUUAAAAUUUUCAUCAUAUUUCUUUGUUGCUUUUUUAAGUGUUCUCAGAAUAAUAAGAUCCUUCUACGACCAUACUUUUCCGCUUACAUGUGCCAUAUUGAUGCUCAAAUUCUUCACAUUAGAAAAUGCACCCAGAUGUACCAAAGCUGCCAUCCACCAGACUAGUUUGUUGAAAUGGUUUAUAAUCUGAGUACCAAAAUAUUUAUGGCCUAACCAUAUUACAACAUCUUGCUAAAUCAAUCACACGGAUUGAGAUCACACUGUAGAUCAGCCUUGCGAUCACUGGGAAGACAAAGUAUAAAACCUCUAUCUCUAUGGGUAAGCCUGUAAGCAACUGGCAAUAGAAAAUAUGUAACCAAGUCAUUAAUGAAUCGUGUGCACUUAGAGUAAAUUUUCCGUUUAGGUUCAUGGAAGCAACUCUAAGAAUAACUAGACUUAAUUCCAUUAUUUAACAUUGUGUACUAAACUAGUUUGAUAAAGCCUUUGAAAUAGUUUGAAUAGUAUUUACUUUUUUGUCGAGAAUGGAGAGCAGAAAUAGAAAUUCUGUUUUGAACACUUCAUCUUGUGACAAACUGGAUUCAAAAUACACAUACCUCAUUUCUUGCACAGUCUGGCUUGCUUUUCAUUAAUUCUCUAAAUAUUCAUGUAUCAGUUUAAAAAAAUAAACAAAAACCAAUAACAAAAAGCAAAUAAACUAACAGUGACUCCAUUACUGUGAAACAGAAGUUACCAGAAACGUGUAUGGAAACUUCAAAAGCCAUACCACAGUGGAAUCCAAUCCAAGUUUCAUGAGUAUAUAAACACAUCGCUCUACCAUUAGACAAAUUCAGCUCACUGUAGAGAAAGCACAGCUCAUCUUUUCUUCAAGCGUCGACUAUGCAACCAGCUCCAGAACUGCAAUUACCCUUUGGAACAGGAUCGACUAUGACAUAUUUCAAAUGACUAGCAUACAUAAUCACCAUGAAAAAGACAUUCAACCAUCAUAACUUUAUUAAGUUGAUUGAGGGGUGGGGAAUCACUGAAGAAGAUGUUUUUAUUUAGCUUUGUUAAAUAUUAACAAAUGCACCUUAGUAUAUUCCCUUUUGUUACUAGAUACAAAAGACCAAGAUGCUAUGCAAGAAAAUCCACAAAAUAAGUGACAAGCCUUUAUCUUCAAGAUUAUGAUUUUGCAUCCAAUUACAUUUGUUUUCAUUCUCAACUUUAAAGAACAUUAAGGCAAAUCAGUGGACCUCAUUUUAUUCCUCUUAAAAAAAGCUAUACUAUAAUUUUCCCGGGUACUUAUGUAAUAAAAGCAAGCAAAGACAGUUGAAAUGUUUUUCUACAAACAGGCUUUUUGUGUACAAAAAUGCAUCAUACCAAAAGGUCAACACAGAGUAAAAGUCAAAAAAAAA